AUUUCCAACCCCUUGAAGACGAUCCGAACUAUCAAGCCGAAUACCCACCCGAUAUGCUCGUUGACCCGUAUAAAGCGUAUCGUGCCUUGAAGGAAGUUAAAUGUCAUAAAUCAGUUGGUGCUGAUGAAAUUCCUAAUAGGAUACUUCGAGACUUUGCUUUCGAAUUAUCCCCAGUGGUGUCUGACAUUUAUAACAGUACUUUGAGACAAGGAAAAAUCCCUGAAUUACUAAAGUCAUCAAUUGUCUCCCCAAUACCUAAGUGUAUGCCGCUCAAGACAAUUGAGGACGACCUUCGUCCAAUAUCUCUGACACCGCAGAUAGCCAAAGUAAUGGAAGGCUUUACUUUGGAACCCUUACUGGCCGACAUUGGCGACCAGAUUGACCCAUAUCAGUUCGCGAUGAAAGGCCGUUCUACAACACAAGCAUUAGUCUUUUUACAACAUAAUGUCCUGAAGACCCUUGACCGAGGUGGUUCCGCGGCUCGCGUACUUUUCGCUGACUUUAGUAAAGGUUUCGAUUUAGUUGAUCAAGGUGUCCUAGUUGCUGAAUUAGAGAAAUUGAAUGUACGCCCCGCUGUGGUGGGAUGGAUUCAAGCCUUUCUGACGAGAAGGAAACAAUGUGUUCGCAUUCGCGAUAAGAUAUCCUCGUUUAAGUGUCUUAAUGGAGGUAUACCUCAAGGUACCAAAUUAGGCCCUAUUCUAUUUGCGGUCCUGGUAAAUAGUCUACUUCGUGAUUGGAAUUUCAGAAUCAAAUUCGUGGACGACCUAACAACUAUAGAAUUUAUCCCCAGAUGUUCACUGAGUGUGACUCCCUUCCUGGUCAAUGACAUCUACGAUUAUGCCUCUACAAGGGGCAUGCGAUUAAACUCGAAGAAAUGCAAAGAAAUGAUAAUUAAUUUUCUCCAGUACAGAUUACCAUUCCAAGAUGCAUUACAGGUUGGUGGGAAUACAAUUGAAAGAGUAUCAUCAAACAAGUUACUUGGUGUUUAUUUGAAUAACGAUCUCUCAUGGAAUCUACACUGUGACUAUAUUACUAAGAAAGCUAACAAGGGACUCUAUAUGCUGCGUAUACUACGGAGAGCAAGGAUUGGGUAUCAACAACUU